GUGUGGCUCUGAAAGGAAAAGAUAUUGCUAUUGCUAUACAUCCAGAGCAGCAAGGUUGAUAUAUGGUUGAGCCAUCAGUGAUGUCAAGGGAAGGAUCCAAAUGUCGCGCCUACUUUCCCACUGUCUCCACCAGCUUUGUUGUUUGUUGGCAGCUAUAAGUAGCAGCAGCACUUCUCCACCAUUAUUUCUGUCCUCCCACUAAUUUCCUUAAUACAGAGUUGAGCUGCUUGUCACUUGCUUCCAUUCUACGAAAUGCAGGUGCCUCUUUGUGCUCAUCGUACAUUGUUACAGGGAGUUUACUGAUGAUGGGGUUGGGGCUAAAAACGCUCUCUCAGUCAGCAUCAGCAUGCAUAAUGUUCAUCUUCGUCUCUUCCCUAGCUAGUUCCCUUCCAUGUCAGGUAAAAUCAGUGGUGUCGUUGUCACAUGGGCAUGUGCAUGCAACAAUUUGUCAACGGCCUGCCUGCCUGCGUGCCCUAGUAAAGUACUCCGGUAAAUAUGACUGACUGAAUUAGCCAGCCAGUGGCUAGCUUACUUAGUAUUUUUAAUGUAUUGUGAAUGGUGAGUAGCCUGGCUGUACCUGUUGUGCUGAUUUUGCUGCUGAUUGGAUGGAGUGAGUAGCACAGCAAUUUGCUGUAUUCCUUCGCCAGCCAGCCAUGUCUUAAUUCAUCAUCUCUUUCUGUUUGUCUUGUGUUGGUUGGGACUUGGGAGGAAUUUCCUCCAGUCAGCAGAGCCAGAUCAGGGAGCAGAGGCACUGUUCACUACUCCAUGAUGGUUCAUGAUUGGAUCGCAUCGACCAACCCAGCAAUUAAAAUUAGCUGAGAAAUUAACAAAGCUACCUACUGCGGUGGGGCUGCUCCUCCAGUCCUCUGCUGUCCUCGACCAAGCGGAGCGACCAGCCUAGCUAGCCAUGAAGCAGCAAGCUCUGAGCAGCAACGGCCAUGGCAGCAGGGUCUCCUCCUCGCCUUCGCCGACUCCGGCACCCACGCGAACGCGGGGGGCCAAACAUGCUGAUCCUUCUCCUUCGCCUCCAGCUCCAGGGGUGAAGGCCAGGCCAAGAACCACCACCACCACCAUGGCAGCAGCGAGGAGGCAGCCUCCUGCGCCCGUCGCUGUCAGGAGGGUGAGCACCAAGGACAAUAACAACAAGUCGAAGGAGACAGUCGAGGAGGAGGUGGUGCGCCUGCGCGGGGAGGUUGAGGCCCUGCGGAGGGAGAUGCAGCGCCUGCUCCGCCUCAACGCAGACCUGCAGCACAGCCAGCAGAGCAAGGCCAUCGUCAGCAGCGAUCUGUCACAGCUGCCUCCCAAUCCUUCGCCGCCACCAACCAAGAAAAUUCCUGGACGGCCACCACCGCCACCGCCACCGCCACCGCCGCCGCCGCAGCAAGGCCCUUCAACUUCAAGGAUGAUAAGCCCCGUGAGCAAGGCCACUGCACUGCUUGACAUGUACAGCUCGCUGACCAAGCAUCAGAGUGACACACGGGGAACAAGCGCUGCCGCCGCUCAGGCUCAAGCUCAUCACAGCAGCAUUGUCGACGAGCUGCAGAACCGUUCCACGCACUUGUUAGCGAUCAAAGCAGAUGUCGCAACAAAAGCCGAGUUCAUCAAUGAUCUCAUCAAGAAAAUCCACACUAGUACCUACACAGAUGUAGAUCAAGUACUCACCUUCGUGGAUUGGCUGGAUCAACAACUUUCAACUCUGUCUGACGAGACAGCCGUCUUGAAGCACUUCAACUGGCCAGAGAGGAAAGCCGAUGCACUGCGGGAAGCAGCAUCCGAAUACCGACAUCUCAAUUCUCUUAUAAAAGAUAUCUCUUCCUUGAAAGAUGAUGGUAGCCCUACAACAUGUGAAGCCACUCUCAGGAAGAUUUCAAGCUUGCUAGAUAAGUUGGAGAAGAGCAUGAACAGAUUGGUGAAUCUGAGGCGUUCAGAGAUGCCGACGUACAAAGAGUUGAGAAUUCCAACUGACUGGAUGCUUGAUUCAGGGAUUGCUUCAAAGAUGAGAUUGGCAUCAGUGAAUCUCGCAAAGGUGCACAUGAAGAGAGUUCUAAAGGAACUGGACAGGGAUACAGCAGGGAACGAGGCUACUCUGGUUGCUCAGAGUGUGCGCUUCACCUACAGAGUCCACCAGUUUGCUGGAGGCCUCGAUUGCGAAGCGAUGCACGCUUUUGAAGAGCUAAGACGGCGGGUUCGGCCGAUCUCUUCUCCUUAACUGUACUACAUCUACAUGGUGGAGCUCAAGACCUCUUCUUAAUAUAGCAAAAUGUAGUGCCUAGUUCCUUCUGAGUAUUCUUUUUUCCUUAUUUUAAAUGGUAGAGCCAAAUCUUGAGUGAUUGAGCACUGUUUAGGUCCCAGGCCAAUCACGAUCUCUGUCCCCUCUAGAUCUCUGAGCUAUCUAGUUCAAAUAUUUUUCAUUUUUAUUCUAUGUAUCGUGUCAAUUUAAAUAACACUGUGGAGUACA